CGUGCGCCGGCGUAGCAACAGUUGACAGAGAGCAAUCGUGAGUUUAAUCGCGAGUUGUGCAAAAGCGAAUCGAAGCUUCUAGACAUUUUCAUCUGCAAUUUUAUUUGAAACUUCGUUUCAAUUCAAAGAAAAAGCAACUGCAGCUUCAACAUGUCCCUGGUACCGCUGCUCUUCUCCGACUGGUGGGAGGACCUGGAAUAUCCUCAUCGGCUCUUCGAUCAACAUUUUGGUCUUGGCAUUCGACCCGAUCAACUAGCGAAUCCAAGUGUUCUGGAACGCUUCGCCCCUCAACGUGAUCGGCGUCUAAGAACGGCACCUUUGAUUUACUAUCGACCCUGGGGCGAGUUGUUACGCAAUAGCAACGAAGGCGGCACGUCUACCGUGAAAGCUGACAAGGACAAAUUCCAGGUAAUUCUGGACGUACAGCAAUUCAAGCCGGACGAGAUCAAUGUCAAGGUCGUAGACAAGUGCGUAGUAGUCGAGGCCAAGCACGAGGAGAAGCAGGAUGAGCAUGGCUGGAUUUCACGGCAGUUCGUACGCAAAUACAUGAUACCUGAACAAUGUAACAUCGACGAGGUGUCAUCGAGCUUGUCGUCGGAUGGGGUGUUGACCAUCACCGCGCCCAGGAAGGACAAGCCGGAGGCAAACAACGAGCGCUCCAUCAGGAUCGAGCAUACCGGCAAGCCGGCGAUUCAGGAGAAGGCAUCGGAGAAGAAGAAGGAGGAGAAGAAGAAGGGUUAAAUAGAAUUUUGUAAAAAUUAUAUCCCUGUCAUUAUUCAUAUAUGUUAUAUAUCUAUGAAAGAUGUCAAUGUGUUAUGUUUCUAUGAAAGAUAUCGUUCUUGUGUACGCUAUUAUGCGAUUAAAUUUUUUUUUUUUGUUUUUUUGUUUGAUAUAAAGCGUUGCUUAAAGCAUUGAGGUUGGUUUUUUUUUAUUUUUAUUUUUUGUAAGAUAAAUUGAACAAAUAAAAAUAAUUCAAUUGAAGCUUAA